AUGCGUCCUUUUGGAUCUUUCACCAACCCUCUUCGCAUCAAGCAGAGACUGAAAUUACCAUUAACCGCCACAUAUCGCAUGCGCACGCUCUUCCAUCGCAUUUCCGCCAUGCUAAGUACUACUACCAAUUAUACAGAAGACUCAGAUUCUGGAUCGACUACUAUCAAGGCUAAUAGCCUCAAGAACUACCCUACCGUGGACAUGAAUAUAACCACGAAUAUGAAGGCGCUGGAUACUAUGGAAGGACUUGCCCACCCAGAUCAACAUCACCAGCUUCCUCACAGACCACCAACACCACCACCACCACCACCAGCAUCAACAUCAACAUCAACAUCAACAUCAAUACCAACACCACCAGCCCCAACAACCACCCAACCCCCAUUUCCAUUCCCAUCCCCAUCCCCCUUCACCCCUCACCACCCUCAAUACCAACAACAACAACAACAACCACCCCUAUACCACUUCCAUCCCCCCAAAUCCGUGACAUGGGGUCCCAUCACCGAAAUCCCCAUCUACUCCCCAUCCCCAUCUCCCUCCCCAACCACCUCAACCCAAUCCUCCCCCUCCCCCUCCUGGAUCGACCUCAGCAGCACAACCUCCUCCACAGCCGCCUUGGCCUCCUCCUCCACCUUCUCCCCAACCAUCCCCAAUACCAGUCCACCAACAGCCCACCCCAUCAUCCAUCACCCCCUCCGACCCAUCCGCAAACCCCCGACUCAACUCGACAACGAAAUGUUCCACCGCAACCUCUACCACAUGGCGCAGAUCAGCACGCUCCGGUUGAGCAUCGUCUAUGACGCGCUGAGUUUCCUGGGCGGGGACUUCCUGGAUCAGGUUCUCCUCAUGGAGGAGGGGUAUCUGAUGCAGGUGGCGGUGAUGCAUGCGAGGCAGGCGCAGCAGAGGGAUUUUGCAAGGUUUUCUGUUGCUGCUGGUGGGGGUGGGGGUUCUGUCAGGGGUCAUGGUGGUGAUUAUAAUAAUGGUGGGUUUGGGGUGGUUAUUCCUCGUCGGCCGAGUCCGGUGAAAGGGGGUCGGGUGGAGAAGAGGAAGAUGAGGAAGAUGAUGAAACGGAGGAAGGCGUCCGAUGUCAUGGGGGCGGAUUUCUGGGAGCAGGUUAAUGAGAGGGAGGAGGGGUAUGAGAUUGAUGAGGAUGAGGAUAUGGAUAGAGAUUCGGUGUAG